AUGAGCUUAAGUACGCGUUACGCCAAGAUCGACGCAGAGAUCAACCCGAGGCCGUGUGUGGGUCAUGGACGAAGCGUACGCGGUGAAGCAGACGGAGUUCCUGGGGAAGACGUUGCGUUACGUCUGUCAGAACGGGAACGGCCCGUGUCCGCUGCUGGCCAUCGCCAACGUGCUGCUCUUGCGGGGCCAACUGACGCUCGAGGGGCCGUCACGUCCUUUGGCUUUGUGGGCGCGAGAGAUCUGAUGCGACUCGUGCAGCAGCGACUGCUCGAGACGAACCCGCCCUUGAAAGAUGCGAGCGAGUUGCAGCGUCUGACGCAAGAGAAGACGCUGGAAGACGUGGUGGGACUGUUGCCUAGUAUGUUGAGAGGGCUGGACGUGAACGUGCGGUUUCAUAAGAUCACGGACUUUGAGUAUACGGUAGCCUGUGCGGUGUUUGAUAUGCUGGACAUGGAGCUGGUACAUGGCUGGCUGCUGGAUGACCAGGAUGAUCUGACAAUGAAAGUGGUGGGCAAUAAGUCGUACAAUGAGCUGAUUGAGCGGUUGGUGGACUACCGUGGUUUACUUUUGACCGAAGAGGAGAACAAGAGAAAAGUUGCAGCUGAGGAGAAGAAGUACAAAGGCGAUGCGUUACUGCCGGAUGCUGCGGUGGUACACGCGGAAAAAGAGGGGGCAAUGCCUGUGGUAGUUUCUGUUCCAGCACCACUAGAUGUCCAGACGCUGGGAUUGCGAGACCUUUCGCUUGAUGCUGCCAACGACGCGUCUGCCGUGCCAAAUGGACCGGAAUCCGUUGAUUUAGAUGCGUCGACGUCGUCUCCACAGAAGAGUCCGUUGCAGCAAACUGUGCAGGCGAUGAUGAAGGAGCGCCACAUGAGCGAUGCUGAUGCGCUGGUGACGGCCACGACGCUUCUCGAAGAAGGUCCAGUCCUCGAUGCCUUUUUUAGCGCCACUGCUAGCCAGCUUACAUACUACGGUCUCGUCAAGCUGCACGAAGGUAUCCGAGAACGUCAGCUUUGUGUUUUUUUCCGCAACAACCACUUUUCUACUCUAUUCAAGUUUGGAGGUAAGCUGUAUCUGCUGAUCACCGAUGCUGGGUACCUCGACGAGCCUACGGUGGUGUGGGAGCUGCUGAACGAAAUUGACGGAGACACUGAGUACCUUGAUGCGCACUUCCGACCCGUCACGUCAUCCGAGCAGCAAACAAGUAUUUUAACGCAGCAGCAGGAGCAAGAGCAAGCAGAAAAGCAGACGUUACAAGAAGCUAGGGUCUUGAGCCUUGCGAAAUGUGUUUCUCCUCCCAUCCAUGCGAAGCAAGAAGUCAGUGCUGGUGACGAUGCUCGAGCUACUGAACACGCGAUGUCGAGUGGUGAAUCAGUCAGCGAGUCUGUUGGACAAAACGUGGACAAUGUCGCCGAUCCAGAUUACCUGUUAGCGCUGAAAAUUCAGCAGGAGGAAGAGGAACUAGCGCGCGGCAGCGGGCACGUGUCGUCCCCACACUUGAGUAAUGCCGCGGAACGAGAUCCAGCUGGAAACAGCCAUAACGAAGGGAGCGUGGAGCGACAUGGCAGCGGUGGCCAAGAUGAUGAUCACGGUCGUGACACAAAUACAAUUGGAUUGGCCGAUGAUGUCGUUGCUGCCAACGGCCAACUGUUGCUUUCAGAGGAAGAGUUGGAGGCCCAGCGUCGGGCCGAGCAAUACUAUGAGGAACACAAACGGCAGGUUGAUGCACAGACGCGUCAGUGUGAGCAGGAACAGGAACGACUGCGCCACUCACAGCAGCAGCAGCAGCAGCAGCGUCCCACCCGCAGUAGUCAACGGCGGAGGAUCUCGGAAAGCAGUGACUGUACUGUAUCGUAA